AUGGCGGAUUGGGAUCCUUUCGAGCGUGCCGACUCUGUUCACGAGGACGUGGCCAGUGCUGCCGACGUCGCUGAUUCCGAUCAACCUCCCACUGAAAAUGUCCAGCCUAGCGGUCCUUCCGAUGAUUCGACGAACGAUGUUGCCGCAAAGGGUUGGUCUGAGCGUGUUCCGUUCACCUACGCGGACUACAACAGCACGGAAUUCACCGAGUGGGCUGGCAGCGCCAAACGGUAUGAGUGGAGUGAUGAGUAUGGAGACGUGGGCCCGAAGAACGAAGAGCUCGAGAAGCAGCUUUUCAACGUUGAGAAUAUGACCCAUGCCGGCUUGAAGCUCGAUCGCCUAAACAAGAUCGACGUUCGAACUGAGAGCGAGGAGCGUGUGUUCCCUAUCGCCAAUUGGGAGGAUGCUGGCUUACACCCUAUCGUGAAAGAGAAUAUUUCUCUAUGUCUGUAUGCUGCGCCUACCGCCAUUCAGAUGUACGCCAUCCCUGCCAUGCUCAUGGACAAGGACCUGAUUGCUAUCUCUCAAACUGGCUCUGGAAAAACUGGGGCAUAUCUUAUUCCGAUUCUGUCAAAGCUGAUGGGGAAGGCUAAGAAACUGGCUGCCCCGCGUCCCAAUGUCGUCGGGGGUGACUUUAAUCCAAAGACUGACGGGGUUCGAGCCGAGCCUCUGGUGCUCGUCGUGUGCCCUACACGAGAGCUGGCUACCCAAAUCUUCGAUGAUGCCCGUCGUCUAUGCUACCGCUCAAUGCUGCGUCCCUAUGUUGCCUAUGGCGGCGUUCCCUCUCGACUACAGCGCGAGGAGCUUCAAAGGGGCUGUGACAUCCUCAUCGGGACCCCUGGUCGCAUUAUUGAUUUCAUGGGACAGGGCCACGUCUUGUCGCUUCGCCGUGUCAAAUUCACGGUCAUUGACGAAGCCGACGAGCUCCUGCAUGCCGACUGGGAGGAUGAUUUCAAGAAGAUCAUGUCCGGUGGAGAUGCCACUGAGGAUGAUGACCACCGAUACAUGAUGUUUUCGGCCACCUUCAACAAGGAAUGCCGAAUGCUUGCCCGUGAUUAUCUCGGUACUAACCACAUCCGCAUCCGCAUUGGUCGCCCGGGAAGCUCACACCUGAAUGUUGAGCAGCAGGUCAUCUACGUUGAGGACGCUAUGAAGAACAAGGCUCUUUACGACCUUCUUCUUAGCAUGUGCCCCAUUCGAACCCUGAUUUUUGUCAAUAGCAAAGCACAAGUUGACUAUGUGGAUGAUUAUCUCUACAAUGCGGGCCUGCCCAGUACCUCCAUUCACGGAGACCGAACCCAGCGCGAGCGCGAAGAUGCCAUCCGUGCAUUCAAGACUGCCAAGUGCCCGAUCAUGGUCGCUACUGGUCUUUCCGCUCGAGGGCUGGACAUUGCAAACAUCAUGCACGUCGUCAAUUAUGAUCUCCCCAAGGCCAUCCAUGGUGGUAUUACGGAAUAUGUCCACCGCAUUGGCCGUACUGCACGUAUCGGAAACGAAGGGCUCGCAACUUCCUUUUACAGCGAUAAGGACCAGGAUAUCGCCUUCGACCUAGUCAAAAUCUUGCUGGAAUGUGAUCAGAAGGUUCCUGAGUUCCUUCAAGACUACACGCCUACAAACAAUUGCCCCGUGUUUGCCGAUGAUGACACCGACGUCGAGAAUGAUCAGGACGAUGAUGAUCAGGAUAAUGAAAAUGAGGACAAGGAUAACCAGGACGGACAUGAUCCAUGGGGCCAGAGCUCUGCCUCAGUCGGAGAACAGCAAGCCCCAUCUACUCCCGAGAACACUUCGCGUCACAACGGCCUCGGCGAGUCCAACUGGGCUACCGCCGGCGUUACGCUGUAG